GACCAUCAGUCUGAAUCCCAAAGGCCUGAGAAAGUCUGUUCUCCAGUACCUGCUGCUGAUCUUCUGCCUCAGCCAGCAAGAAGCACCAUGAAAUUGGAAUUCACUGAGAAAAACUACAACAGCUUCGUGCUGCAGAACCUGAACAAACAGAGAAAACGCAAAGAGUACUGGGACAUGGCCCUGACUGUGGACCACCAUGUCUUCUUUGCACAUCGUAAUGUGCUGGCCGCGGUCUCUCCACUGGUGAAGAGUCUCAUCUCCAACCACGACAUGAAGACCACUGAUGAGCUCUUCAUCACCAUUGACCCCAACUACCUGAGUCCGACCACAGUGGACCAGCUCCUGGACUACUUCUACAGCGGAAAGGUGGUCAUCUCAGAGCAGAAUGUGGAGGAGCUGCUUCGUGGGGCCCAGUAUUUCAACACACCACGCCUUCGAAUUCACUGCAGUGACUUCCUGAUUAAGUCCAUCUGCCAUGCCAACUGCUUGCGCUACCUCUUCUUGGCUGAGUUGUUUGAGCUCAAAGAGGUAUCAGACUUGGCCUACUCUGGCAUUCGUGACAACUUCCACUACUGGGCCAGUCCUGAGGCCUCCAUGCACUUCAAGCGCUGUCCACCUGUCAUCUUCGGCCGCCUGCUCCGAGAUGAAAACUUGCAUGUGCUCAAUGAGGACCAGGCUCUCAAUGCACUCAUCAAUUGGGUAUACUUCCGGAAGGAUGAGCGGGAGAAGUAUUUCAAGAAGUUCUUCAAUUACAUCAAUCUUAAUGCUGUCUCCAACAAGACACUGAUGUAUGCCAGCAACAAGCUGAUGGGCAUGGAGAACAGCUCAGCCCACGCAACCCUGAUUGAGAGUGUCCUUGUGGACCGCAGGCAGGAGAGGCCAACCAGCCUGCUGAGCUACCAGCGGAAAGGGGCCCUGCUCGAUUCGGUGGUCAUCCUAGGUGGCCAAAAGGCCCACGGCAAGUUCAACGAUGGAGUGUUUGCUUAUAUCAUUCAGGAGAACCUGUGGUUGAAGCUCUCAGAGAUGCCCUAUCGUGCAGCAGCUCUCAGUGCCACCUCUGCCGGUCGCUACAUCUACAUCUCUGGUGGUACCACUGAGCAGAUUUCAGGGCUGAAGACGGCUUGGCGGUAUGACAUGGAUGACAACUCCUGGACCAAGUUGCCCGAUCUGCCAGUUGGGCUUGUCUUCCACACCAUGGUGACCUGCGGGGGGACAGUGUACUCAGUGGGUGGGAGCAUUGCCCCGAGGAGGUACGUCUCUAACAUCUAUCGCUAUGAUGAGCGCAAGGAGGCCUGGUGCCUGGCAGGGAAGAUGAGCAUCCCUAUGGACGGCACAGCCGUGAUCACCAAGGGUGACUGGAACCUGUACAUUGUCACCGGGCGGUGCUUGGUUAAGGGCUACAUCUCCCGGGUCGGGGUGAUGGACUGCUUUGACACCAACACUGGGGACGUGGUCCAGUGUAUCACCUUUCCCAUUGAGUUCAACCACCGGCCCCUGCUCUCUUUUCGUCAGGACAACAUCCUCUGCGUGUACAGCCACCGGCAGAGUGUGGAAAUCAACCUGCAGAAGAUAAAGGCCAACAAGAUGACUACCUCAGUGCCUCUCUUGCCCAACAACUGCCCCUUGGAUGUGUCCCAUGCUAUAUGCUCCAUUGGAGACAACAAGGUGUUUGUAUGUGGAGGUGUCAGCACAGCCAGUGAUGUCCAGACAAAGGACUACACCAUCAAUCCAAACGCCUACAUGCUGGACCAAAACGCAGGCGAGUGGAAGACCCUGGCCCCCCCACCAGAGGCACUGGACUGUCCUGCCUGCUGUCUAGCCAAGCUACCUUGCAAGAUUCUUCAAAGGAUUUAAACGGCUUUUUAAGUGGGAGAAUAAGUAAAUGCAUUAUUAUUCACAAUUUAAUGAGAGAGAGAAAAAGAAGAAGAUGGCCUGUUGGUUCCUU